ACCGACUGCCGGCAACAGUCCGUUACUGGGAAGCUGAAUGAGCGCGUCUCACAGCCAGUCAUAGCUUUUUUAUAUAUAUUUUCCGUUCAAGUCAAGUCGUCACCAUCGUCUAGAUCUCGAUCGAACUAGAGAUAGAAGUCAGGUGCCAAGUGCAAUGAGAUUUCAACAACAUUCCUACCAUCAACUACGGUGCUACAAAUGGACCAGAUCGUUUUCAUCCAACCCAUCCUAGUUCUGCGCUGCAGUAGUUUUCCCAGUUCGAUACUUGGCCUUCGUUCUAGCCGUCGCUUUUUGACUAGUAAAUUGGUGAAUCGAAUCUCCUGAGUGGAUCUGUGAAGGGGGUGGGAGAAAAAGAAAUUGAAACUCUCUGUGUGGUAUUUAUUAUUAGAAAUUAAUUGAAGCUGUAAUUGGUUUCCUGGUGCAGAGUGGGAAUCGCAGUUGAAGUGUCAGAAAAACGAAAAACCGUUUAUUGCUUACCGGUUGCCGUUGGAAAAAUUUGGCAAAAUGACUAAAGCGCCAUCGAUUGAUAGCGAAAAGGAAACCGGAAAAUCUAAUCCAAAUGCCCAAGAAGGACCGGCAGACUUCGAGACGGCCAUCGCGGCCACCGGAUAUGGUCGAUUCAACUAUUUGCUGCUGCUGAUCGCGCUGCCCUGCUGCACCACGACAGUCUUCGAAACGACCACCAUGAGCUAUGUGCUGCCGAGUGCCGAGUGCGAUCUGGAACUGUCCCUGGUCGAUAAGGGCACCCUCAAUGCCGUCACCUAUGUGGGUAUGAUUUCGUCCGCCUUUCUCUGGGGCUUCCUGUCGGAUUCAUACGGCCGGAAGCAGUUGCUCAUUUACGGAUUUUUCCUGGACGCGACCCUGAACCUGCUGUGCGCUAGCAGCCAGACCGUGCUGGCCAUUAUGAUAUUUAAAUUUAUGGGCGGCUUUGUCAUCUGUGGUCCAUUUGCGGUGCUGAUGGCGUACCUGUCGGAAUUCCACAGCUUAGAGCACCGGUCCCGGGUGAUGAUAAUGGUCGGCAUCUUCUACAGCAUCGCCAACAUUUUGCUGCCAUCUCUGGCCUGGGUUAUCAUUCCGCAAAACUGGGAUUUCAUGUUGUUCGGUGGAAAUUUUGUGAUUCAUUCGUGGCAAAUCUUCCUGGCUGUGAGUUGUGUGCCGAGCCUCCUCAGCGGCAUCCUGGUGCUCUUCCUGCCCGAAAGUCCCAAAUUCCUGAUGUCCAAGGGCCACAACGAGCGGGCUCUGGAAGUGUUCCGAACGCUGUAUGCUCUCAACUCCGGACGAAGCCGCCACGAGUAUCCGAUCAAGGAACUUGUCAACGAGCUGAUGCUGCAGCCAUCGCCGGAACCAACAUCAGUUUCGAACAGCAAACCCGGUCCGGAAGAUUCGGCCAAGCCCAAGGCCCCAUCCGGUGGGCUCCAGCUGUUGACGGUCAUGUUCCGGAGACCGCAUCUUCGAAACUCGCUCCUAGCGUACAGCAUCCAAUUUGGCAUCCUGUUAGGACUCAAUACGUUCCGGCUAUGGGUGCCUCAGCUGUUCACAAUCAUCGAUGAGUUUGACCAGGACCGGAAUGCCGGAUUUUCGAGAGACAGUGCCAGCCUGUGCGAGAUGUUGGCCUACAAAGUGAACAAAACAAACAUGCUGCUGGAAACCGGAAGCUCUGCGACGACGACGACGACGACACUAGAAGUGAGACCACUGGCGGCUUUCGACAUGGAGGAACUAGACCUGGGCACUGUUAUACUGUGCGAAGCGACCACCGAAGGGAGCAUGUACCUGAAGUCACUAAUCAUCGGCUGCGUCGGGCUGUUUGCCUACCUGGUCACGACAGUGUUGAUUAAUGCCAUCGGCAACCGGAACAUCCUCGUUUACGGCCUAUCCAUGGCCGGUCUCUGUGGGCUAGCCCUCUAUUGGACGAAAACAUCCGCCAGCAUCCUGGCCCUGUCAUCCGCCUACAUCACGCUGGCCAGCAUCGCCUCAACGGCCCUCAUCGGAUCGGUAGUUGCCAUGUUCCCGACGUCGAUGCGGACGAUGGUCGUUUCGCUGACUAUGAUGUGCGGCCGGACCGGAUCCAUCAUUGGCAACGUGCUGUUUCCGUACCUGAUGUCCCUGGGCUGUUGGCCGCCAUUCCUGAUGAUUGGCACCAUACAAAUUGCCGUGAGUCUCCUUGCCACGACGAUUCCCAAGACGCUGAAAAAACCUCUGCAAUAGCUCUAGCAACAUAACUACUUCCGGUGUGGAAAAGCACCAAGCACGUUCCCAUUAUGCUAAACAGUCGUAAGCAGAGACCGCGUACGCGUGUCUGGUUCUGAAAUCCGGCACCAGGAUGGGAGUCGAGAAAUGAAAGAAAAAAACCGGUAAACAUAAUCCUUCGUAAAUUAAAAAAAAAGUGUGAUAUCUUUACAGCGCUCGACGUAGUUCUGUUGUAAACUUUAAUUAGAGCCCUUU